AUGUCGGUGCAAGCGGGAGGGGUUCCAGGCGAGAGCCAGGCGUCAUCAUCCAACCACGCUACUCCAGAUUCCCUCAUUAGGGACGAUCCAGACGAGUACAUCAAGGUAUUACAAGACGUAUCGAUCUUGCUGGUCGGAGCGGGUGGUGUAGGAUGCGAGGUAAUCAAGAAUCUAAUCCUCUGCGGUCUCCGCAAGCUGGUCAUAGUGGACCUCGACACCAUAGACAUAUCUAAUCUGAACCGACAGUUCCUCUACCAGCGCCAGCAUGUGAAGAUGUACAAAGCAGAGGUCGCCUGCGAACGCGCUCGAGAGGCGGCGCCGGGAUGUGACAUAUCGGCAAUGGUUGUCGACGUACUAACCUGGCGUCCGCAGGAUGUUGCAUGCUACGACGCAGUGCUCAAUGCACUAGACAACGUACGAGCGCGUUCCCACAUCAACUAUUGUUGUAUGCACGCUGGGGUCCCACUGAUUGAGUCGGGGAGCAGCGGGUUCAAUGGGCAGGUGUACCCAAUACUGCGUGGAGUCACGCCGUGCUACGACUGCCACGCAAAGCCGCGCAGCAAGUCGUUUCCGGUCUGCACAAUUCGUCAAAUUCCAGAAAAGCCGGAGCACUGUAUCGCCUGGGCCCGCCAACUCUAUGAGUUGCUCUUCGGUGCGAAGGAUAAUGGAAAUAUACUGAGCGACCUUGCAAUACCCCCCAUGCCUGUUGGGGAAGGCGUAAAGGUAGACCAAGCGCAUACUUGGGUUCGUGAUGUAUUUACCUUCCUUUUCGACACGCAAGUUGCUGAACUCGUCGAUCUAAAGGAUAGGUGGACUGGGAGGCAGGCGCCGCAGAUCAUCAGCUAUCCAUUUACAUCUGAAGAUGCUUCUGCAUCUGUGAAUGGUGUGGACGAAAAGCUGGUUGCAAAUUUGGACGGUGACGAUGAAAGCCGUGUUGCCUCUAAAAGGGGACGCGUGGAACAUAGUGCCCACUGCUCAGACGAUGAGGCCUCACCGCAAUCCAAAGCACGGAAAAUAGACACGCAACCAGCGGAACAUCCAAGCGACGCAGAUGAUGAGCCCGGUUCCACGAACGUGGAGGAACGCAAUCAACAAGGGAUGAGGAUCUCUGACAAGUUUCGAACGUGUGACACCAACGAGUUGGCUGAUCAGUUCAGAAACUCCGUGAUGCAGUUAUUGCUCGAUAGGCCAGAUGCACUGGGGCACGCUGUGUUCGACAAGGACGACCCACUGUGUAUACAGUUCGUGGCGGCCGCUGCGAAUCUGCGCAUGAUAAAUUUCCACAUACCGCAGGUCAGCGCUUGGGACGUUCAGUCAAUAGCCGGGGCAAUCAUUCCUGCUAUCGCAGCGACCAACGCAAUUGUGGCCGCAGCCCAGGUGAUGCAGCUCGUACAUCUCCUGCAUGCACGGCGGGCAGGAGGUGGAACCAUUUCCAGGGAAACCUUGGAGCAGAGCCGUUGCAGAUUCGUGUGGAUCAAGUCGUGCGUGACCGGCUCCACACCGCUGAAGAAGGGGGCGCUCUGCAGCCCCGAUGUGCUUGAUAUGCCAAACGCCAGCUGCACUGUGUGUCAACAGCAGCUUGCACGAAUAGAACUGCAUUCCCUAGAAGAGUGGACCCUCGCAUCGUUCGCAUCGCGCAUAUGCAACGAUCGCAUGGGAAUGGAGGCCGUCAACAUAGAUGUUGAUGGGCGGAACGUACUGGACUCUGACUUCAUUGAGGAAGACGAAGCUUACGCCGAGCGGAUCAGAGGAUGGACCAUGCUGCAACAUGGGUUGCAGCAUCAGUCUAUACUGACACUCACAUCUUUGGUUAGCGGCAAGCAGGUGGACUUGCAACUGCUAGUGGAACCGUCGGUAUCCCCAGGCGAUUUCUUUCUUAGUGGAUUCGAUUGA